AUGGCAGGCGGCACACAGGCCCGGGAGCUGGUGUAUCUGGUCACUGGUGGCUGCGGCUUCCUGGGGGAGCAUGUAGUGCAGAUGCUGCUGCAGCGGGAGCCCCGGCUCGCUGAGCUGAGGGUCUUUGACCUGCACCUGAGUCCUUGGCUGGAGGAGCUGAAGACAGGCCCUGUGCAGGUGACUGCCAUCCAGGGGGAUGUGACCCAGGCCCACGAAGUGGAGGCAGCCGUGGCUGGAGCUCACGUUGUCAUCCACACAGCUGGCUUGGUGGACGUGUUCGGGAGGUCAAGCCCAGAGACCAUCCAUGAAGUCAACGUGCAGGGGACGCAGAAUGUCAUUGAUGCCUGUGUGCGGAAUGGAACCCGCUUCCUGGUCUACACAAGCAGCAUGGAAGUCGUGGGACCCAACACCAAAGGCCACCCCUUCUACAGAGGCAAUGAGGACACCUCGUAUGAAGUCAUACACUCACAUCCCUAUCCCAGCAGCAAAGCCCUAGCAGAGCGUCUGGUUCUGGAAGCCAAUGGAGUGAAGGUUCAAGGAGGACUCCCCCUGGUUACGUGUGCCCUGCGCCCCACAGGCAUCUAUGGUGAAGGUCAUCAGAUCAUGAGGGAUUUCUACCGCCAGGGCCUGCGCCUGGGGGGUCGGCUUUUUCGGGCUGUUCCGGCCUCAGUGGAGCAUGGUCGGGUCUAUGUGGGCAAUGUGGCUUGGAUGCAUGUGCUGGCAGCCCAGGAGCUGCAGCAAAAGGAGGCAUUAAUGGGCCGCCAGGUGUACUUCUGCUAUGACGAAUCCCCCUACAAGAGCUAUGAGGACUUCAACAUGGAGUUCUUGGGCCCCUGUGGACUGAAACUGGUGGGCACUCGCCCCCUGGUGCCCUACUGUCUGCUAGUGUUCCUGGCUACCCUCAAUGCCCUGCUGCAGUGGCUGCUGCGGCCCCUGAUGCUCUACGCGCCCUUACUCAACCCUUACACACUGGCUGUGGCCAAUACCACCUUCACCGUCAGCACCAACAAGGCCCAGCGUCAUUUUGGCUAUGAGCCCCUGUUCUCAUGGGAAGACAGCCGGAGCCGCACCAUUCGCUGGGUGCAGGCCACGGAGGGCUUGGCUCAUCCAUCUGGGUCCUAA